AUGGAUUGUACAUGUUACGAUAAUUCUGAAUUACGUUGUAGCACAUCAAAAUCAUUAUCAAAUGGUUUAUUAGUUGUAAAAAAUUUGAUGGGAAAAAAUUUUAAAACACUAGACUUUAAAUUUGAUUCAACAAAAUUUGAUUUAACAGCCGAUUAUUUUUCAUCAUUGACAACUUUAAUCGAUGAUAGUCAUACAUCUCACAUAAGUAUUACAUUUCGUUAUCAUAAUUUUGAACUAUUUCAUUCUCAUACUGCAGCAUUUCGUUCAUUAUUUGAUAAUAUAAAAUAUCAAAAUCGUAUUCGUACACGUUUAACAAUUGAAUUACAUGCACUCAAAGCUAAAUCAAUUUUAUUUGAUUCAAAUUCAUUUGAUGAAUUACAUGUUGAUGAAUUAUCAAUUUAUGCCGAUAGUUUAUCAUCACCAUUUGAAAUGAUAUUUAAUCAAACAAAUAUUACACAUUUAAAUAUUGAAGGUGCCAUUGUUCAACAUGAUCCUGAAUUGAUAAAAACAUUUACGGGUAAAAUAAAAGCAUUUAAAAUAACGCGUAUGAUUGAUACUGUAAAUAGUGAUGAAUUUCCACCAUUUCCUGUUGAAUCAUAUGUUAUUGAAGCACAUAAAUUACGAAAAUUAGAAGCAUUAACAUUUGAAAAUUAUACACAGUUAAAUGGUAUUAAUAUCAUUCAACCAGAUGUUUCUAUUACACCACAAUUAUUAACAGGUCUAGAAAAAUUAACAAAAUUAAAUGCAAUGUCAUUUGAUGCGGAACGAAUUGCCGAUGGUGCAUUAAAACAUGUUAAACAGAUUAAAACAUUAGCAUUUGGACCCUAUUUAAAAAUGAUUGAUGGUGAAAGUUUACAAUCUUUAAAAUUAUUACAACAAUUAGAUGUUAGAUAUGUUCAAUUUCCAACAUUACAAGGUAAUUCAAGUUGUCUAUUGGCUGAUUAUAUUAAUAAACGUCGUAUGCUAGGUUUAACCGUCUAUUUACCACAAGAAAAUCCGGACUGUGAUUGUAUUUUAAUAUUUUUAAAUAAUAUGAUUGAUGAUGGUUCACAAUUAAAACAAUGUUUUGAAACUACAAAUGAUCGAUGUUUAUUUUCUAGUUGUCCAUUUAUUGCUGACUAUUUUCAACGUCAACAGCAAGAACCAGAACAACAACAACCCAUACCCACAAAACCAGAUACAAAAAAAAUAAAUGAGCCGUAUGAUGAAGAUACAGAUACAUAUCUAUCGUCCAUUGAUAAUACACCGUUUGUUGUUGACUUAGAUGUACCACCACUAUUGAAUGAUACAUAUUUUGAAGAACAUAUUACAACUACAACUACUGAAUUAACAACCACAACGCUCAAAACUAACUCUUUCGUUAUAAUUAAUGACGAUAAAAAUGAGAAAAUACAGAUAACUACAUCUAAUCCUAACGAUUUUGACUUUCCAGUGUAUUUUACAACAUCAGUUGAACGUCGUUUAGAACCAAAACAUCAACGUUAUACAUUAGUAAUUAGUUGGAUACCAUUUGCUAUAAUUGCUGCAUGCCUAUUUUUAUUACUUAUUGUUUCCAUGAUUGGUUAUGUUAUCUAUUAUAAACAUAGAACAGCAUCAUUUAAACUCGUGCCAACAACACCGAUUAUUUGA